AUGCUGCCUACUCCAGCCCUCUCCAGCAUGUCCUGGAUGCUGCUAUCCUGCCUGAUUCUCCUGUCUCAAGUGCAAGGUGAGGACUCCCAGAAGGAUCUACCUUCUGCUCGCAUCAGCUGUCCCAAAGGCUCCCAGGCCUAUGCCUCCCACUGCUAUGCCUUGUUUAAGACACCAAAAUCCUGGACUAAUGCAGACUUGGCUUGCCAGAAGCGGCCCUCAGGCCACCUCGUGUCUGUGCUCAGUGGGGCUGAGGCCUCCUUUGUUUCCACUCUGGUCAAGAACACUGGGAUCAGCUACCAGUAUGUCUGGAUGGGACUCCAUGAUCCCACGCUGGGAGAGGAACCCAAUGGAGAUGGCUGGGAGUGGAGUAACUCUGAUGUGAUGAACUACUUUAACUGGGAAAGGAACCCUUCCAUUUACUCUGAUCGUGGUUACUGUGGGAGCUUGUCACGAAACUCAGGAUUCCUGAAGUGGAGAGAUUAUAACUGUGAUGUGCAAUUACCUUAUGUCUGCAAAUUCAAGGGCUAAGCAUGUGGGAGUUUGCAGCUGCAUUAUUGAGAAGCUCAUCAUAGACAAGAGA